UAGCAGGCGUGUGGACAGGUGAUAGUUAAAAGUUUCUUUUGAAAAUCUGGUAGUCUUUGAAGAACAAUGAAGUUACUUAUGGGUUUUGUGCUUUUGUCGGCGCUGGGCGCUGCUCUGGCUCUGCCGCUGCAAUCAACAGUUGAGGAAGAUCCUGAGUUGACGGCUGGUUACUUCGAAGGUGACAUUGUUUUGGAAUCAAACCAACGUAAUGGUUUGCGCAAUGAAACUAGGCGUUGGCCAGAUAAUCUUGUCUACUACAAAUUCAGUGAGGGAUUCUUCGAUAAUGAUCAUAAGAAUCAUAUACUGCGCGGCAUGGAGAUCGUGCAGGAAGUAUCAUGCAUCCGUUUCCAGGAGGCUACCGAGGAUCAGUCUUAUUAUAUCAACAUCACCGGCUUAAGUGGUGGCUGCUACUCAAGCGUCGGUUGGCAGAACGGCGUUCGUUCGUAUAAUCUGCAGGUUUAUCCCUUGGAUACGGGUUGCUUCCGUCUCGGUACCAUUGUGCAUGAGCUCUUGCACACGCUCGGUUUCUAUCACAUGCAGAGUGCCGCGAAUCGCGAUGACUACGUUCGCAUUGACACGGAGAACAUUCAAGCUGGCACGGAGCACAACUUUAAUAAGUACGACGAAGAUUUCGUCGAUGAUUUUGAUGAGGAAUACGAUUACGGCAGUGUGUUGCAUUAUUCGGCGUAUGCGUUCUCUGCUAACGGCAAAAUGACGAUAGUGCCUUUGAGAGAGGAAGAAGCCAGUGUCAUGGGUCAACGUCGUAGCUUAAGUCAAAGUGAUAUAAACAAGUUGAAUAUUAUGUACCGUUGUCCUUUGAAAGUAUAAUACUCAUAUUAUAGACAAUUUUGCAAUGAAAGGCAAAGUACAGUUUUAAAUAACUUUCGGAAA